GCUGUUGUCUUGCUGACAUGCGAUGCAGCACGGAAUCGGAUCCUUUUAUUCGUGGUUGAUAACAGUGGAGCUCUAGUUAAUGAAUAUGAUUUGUCGAAAGCGUACAGACUGUAUGAAUACAUCAGAAAUCCAGCUAGUGCUGUUGUUGACUCUCUGGGAAAUUUACUGGUUCUCGAUUAUGCAACAGGUCGCCUGUGGGCUCUAGUGAGCAGUGCGAGAGGAGCGCGUCGAUUGAAGGAAAUCGUCCUUCCAACACCUCUUGGGGCUCAGGAGGCCCUUGGAAUUGUUGCGCAUGUGGCAAGUGCGGUGCUUUCAUUAGGACGACUCAGUGGUUUGCUGCCUAAUCUGCAGAUUUUCUGUGCUGGUAUUGAUAUUUUCCCAUGGAAUUAA